ACUAUGAAACCUCUAACGCAAUACCUCUCACUGAACGAUACCCUUUUUUGGAGUUUUCAGUGUUCGUGCAUCCUGUGAUGAUGAAGCGUUUUCGCGAUGAGAACUGUGACAGCGAGAGAAAAAUUAAACUUCUAGAAUGGGUGACGCAGCCGGCGACAGAGCAACUCGCGCUGAUGAACAAGCAGCGCUUCAUAAAGUCACAUCUGCCACUUUCCUUACUCCCGCCGAACCUCUUGGAUACGGCCAAAGUUAUCUACGUCGCCCGCGAUCCCAGAGAUGUCGCUGUCUCCUUCUAUCACCUCAACAGAGCGAUGCGAACUCAGGGAUAUGUUGACGAUUUUAAGAAAUAUUGGAAAUACUUCAUAAGUGAUUUACAUCAUUGGACUCCAUAUUUUGAACAUCUGAAAGAAUCCUGGGAGAAGAGACAUAAUCCUAACUUAUUGUUCCUGUUUUACGAAGAGCUUUCUAAGGAUUUACCAGCGGCGGUGCGACGAGUCGUCGACUUCCUCGGC